CGAAGUGUAACAAGUAUCCAAAUUUUAUUAUUAAAUCUUGUGCAGGAUGUUUACCGUUCCCAAGGUAUUUAUAUUUCAGAUAAGCAUGUUGAAAUAAUUGUCCGUCAAAUUACUUCAAAAGUUAAAAUUCUGAAAUACACAAGUGAAACUACGUUCCCCGUUGGGGAAUUCAUAGAAUUUGAACAAGUUCAAUACGUGAAUCGGGCGUUCCAUUUGACGAAAAAACCAAUGAUUGAAUACGAACCCGUACUAUUAGGAAUUACGAAAGUGUCUUUAUUAACCGAAAGUUUCAUUUCGGCCGCAAGUUUCCAAGAAACAACGCGUAUUUUGACACAGGCGGCAGUUGAAGGGAAAGUUGAAUGGUUAAGAGGGUUAAAAGAGAACGUUAUUUUAGGACGUUUGAUUCCUGCUGGUACAGGGUUUAAAGCUUUUAAUAGUACCUCAAUGUUAAAUGUGCGUUUAGACUAA